AGAAAACUGGUUGUUGAGUCACUGGACACACAAGUGGACGACUUCAGUGACAUGCAAGCAAAACCGCUGAGUCUUGAUUCGGUGUGACAGUGCUGAAACAUUAGAUCUGAAACCUCAGUUUAGAGCUCUGUUGUGGAUUAUUUCACCGUCAUCAAGACUACUCUAUCCACCUCAUCUCAGUUUGUUUUUGUUCAUUUUUGCAUUGUUCCGAGAUUAAACCCACAUUGGACUGUUUAAAUUUUUGAUCAAAGUGGUCCAUGUUUGGAUGAUGUCUUCAUGAUCCGAUGUAUCUGGACACAACUCAACUGGUCUUAGAACAGAGUAAGACUUUGGUUUGAGAGUUUCUGAACUUGUUCAUCUUUAGUGUUCCAUUGUGACAUCUCCGAGAUCUGCUUUAUUGAAGAUGGACAGUAGUUCUGUAUGUGCUAGGAAGCAGCUACUCCACAUUGAUGUCCACAUAGAUGAGAAUGAACCUCGAAACGGCAUCCUGGAGGUCCUCAGCAGACUCCGUCCUCAGUGGAAGGCACAGGACAUUCAGAUGAAGACAUUCACAGAAGGCAUCACCAACCAGCUGCUUGGCUGUUAUGUUGGCUCUCUCCAGGAGGCUGGCUGUGUUCUGGUGCGACUGUACGGAAGAAUGACGGAGCUUUACUUGAACCGGGACCGGGAGGUGGAGAUGUUCCAGGUCUUCCAUGCUCACAGCUGUGGUCCGGAGAUCUACUGCAGCUUCCAGAAUGGCAUCUGCUAUGAGUUUAUUAGAGGAACAGUGCUGGAGGAUGAGCUCCUCAGACAACCGUCCAUUUACAGAUUGAUCGCAGCAGAGAUGGGGAGAAUCCACUCGAUCCAGCCAAAAUGUGGUCAGGCUGUUGAACCUCUGCUCUGGACAAAAAUGUCUCACUUUCUCAAACUGGUGCAGAACAAUAUCAACAACAGUCCGGCCGAGCAGCGGUGCACAAAAAGUCCUGUGGCUCUACAAGACGCGCCGAGCCUCGAGACCUUGUCAGUUGAAAUGGAGUCACUGAAGAGACACCUCUCGCAGAUUGACUCACCAACUGUCCUCUGUCACAACGACCUACUCACAAAAAACAUCAUCUACAACCACAAAGAGGGAAUGGUGAAAUUCAUUGACUAUGAGUACGCCGAUUACAACUACCAGGCUUUUGAUAUUGGCAAUCACUUCAAUGAAUUUGCUGGUGUGAAUGAUGUUGACUACAGUCUCUACCCCAGCCGGGAGCUGCAGAGGGACUGGCUGACAGCCUAUCUGGAGAGUUACAAGCACAGCUCAGGACGUGAGGUCACUGUUACAGAGGCAGAAGUUACGCAGCUCUACAUUCAAGUCUGCAAAUUCUCACUAGCAUCAAACCUCUUCUGGGGUCUCUGGGCCAUCCUGCAGUCACGAUACUCCUUGAUUGACUUUGACUUCCAAAGAUAUUCAACUGCACGACUCAACUACUACUUUGAGAAGAAAGAAGAGUAUUUAGCAUUAAAAAUGAGUUAAAAAAUGAGAGAAAAGUUGCCAUACCCUGCUCUGUGAGUCCAGGAGUGAUGCGAACCAUCCAUAUCCUUUUUUCGUCACAUCUUACAACACUAUAUAAACCUUCUGUGGAAAUGAGGGCAUAGAAUGAGCUUAUAAAUGUGUUCCCCAUUGUUUGUUAUUUCAGGCUGUAGUGUGAGUUAAUGUGUUUUGCUAUCACUGUGAUUUUUAAAAUAUUUGUUUUACCACAGUCAGUAUGCCGAUAAGCGUAUUUGGCAAAUUGAGAUGAAGUUCAUGCCAGAAACACAUUAAUUGUUCCCACAUUUUGCCGAGUCGCAUGAAGCCACAAAAACUGAGCUUGAUCAUAAAACCCAUAAGAGGGUUAUUUGCAGGCUUAUUCAGUGUGUACCACAGUUCUGAUGGAAAACAAGUCCCCAUUUCAACUCAUUUACUGUACCAAGUGUUAUUUCAAUUCUUUGUAGAGCGAAUGUUUAUAUAUAUGUCAU